UUGUUAUGAUCUAUCAUGGCGGAAUGUAGUGUUGUGGCUCGAUGUCUACGUCAAUUUUAGAGUGAUAUAGCUUAAGAAAAACGGUGAUAACGGCGAUGCGAGCCGGCGACGUCUGUCACGAAUAUUCGCGUAAGACAACCGUGUUCCUAUGAGCGCCUGCAUCACGGGAGCAACAUCCACGUUCGUGCUUUCGUUCGCCGCCGCCACGGGAAGAAUCGUACACAGCAGCGAGAGCACACACACAACGUACGUUGACGGAGACUAUCGGCCGCCGAAGAGGAGCUGCGACGUCGAGCCGGUCAAACCGAUCGUGCUAUACCUUGACUGGUGCAUCUCGGAACGUCAUCGCCGCAACACGUGAGAGCGCAAGCACGUACAGCGUGCGAACUUUUCCCGCGCGCACUCAUCUCCUGGGGAGUUUUUCGCAGAGGUAUACUAAGAGUCAACCGAUUUAUGCAACGGAUACUGCGUAAACAUUCAACGUCGUAAACAGUUACCUCGCCGCGAGGAAAUUUGGAAACCUGGGCACACGUACGACGCGCGUCCAUUGCUCAUGCUACUAUUUAAGCCUUCUGUCUCUCGGAACACGCGUACCUUCUCUGAACUCGUUGGCUAACUGGUGCCGCAAACGUUGUCUUGUGUAUAAUUGAUGUGCGUUAUUUGCCACACGAAAUACUGGUUAAAACCGACCUUGAGCACAGUUUGCACGCAUCGCGUACAUGCGUAUGUAGGAUUCGUUUUCUGAUAAAGACACUAAUCACCAAGCGCUUUAUUUAUACCAAAUCCUUCGAUGCAAUAACAGCAAAUGCCAAGAACCAACAUGUGCAGAUCUUGAUGAGUUGUAUAAGGGCAUGCAGAAGUUUAACAUACCUAAGUUUCUGUCCAUUUGUUAAUCCGAUAAGUAUCUGAAGGUAUCUCAAAGUGAGUCAUCAGACGGAGUUGACAACUUUUAGGCAAACUUAGAAAGGCAUGCAGGAUAGUUGGUGAUACGGGAGAGAGUGCACUAAUUAGUUUUACAAUAUGACGGACACACGUAGAAGAGUAAAGUUGUAUGCUCUUAAUGCAGAUAGACAAUGGGAUGAUCGUGGUACAGGUCAUGUUUCCUCUUCCUAUGUAGAUAGAUUAAAGGGGAUUUCCCUGUUGGUAAGAGCGGAAAGUGAUGGCUCUGUCUUGUUGGAAAGUAGGAUACAACCUGAUACAGCAUAUCAGAAACAACAGGAUACUUUAAUAGUAUGGUCCGAAGGAGAUAACUUUGACCUGGCUCUAAGUUUUCAAGAAAAAGCUGGCUGUGACGAAAUAUGGGAGAAGAUUUGUCAAGUUCAAGGGAAAGAUCCAUCUGUAGAAAUAACACAAGAUAUUGUAGAAGAAUCUGAAGAUGAGCGGUUUGAUGAUAUGUCAGAUGCAGCACCACCUAUUGAAUUACCUCCGUGUGAACUUAGCCGAUUGGAAGAGAUUAACGAGCUCAUAGAGAAUUGUUUAACAUCCCCGAUGAGAAAAGAAAAAUUAGCAGUAGCACUGGAAACUGAAGGUUAUAUUAAGAAAUUGCUAAACCUUUUUCGUACGUGUGAGGAUUUAGAGAACAUUGAGGGAUUGCAUCAGCUUUAUGAGAUAUUCAAAAAUAUUUUCUUACUUAAUAAAAAUGCAUUGUUUGAAGUUAUGUUCAGUGACGAUACAAUUUUCGAUGUUGUUGGAUGUUUGGAAUAUGAACCAUCGUUAUCUGAGCCGAAGAGGCACAGAGAAUACCUUCGACAAUUAGCCAGAUUCAAACAAGCAAUUCCUAUUACAAACACCGAACUGUUAGCUAAAAUUCAUCAAACGUAUAGAGUUCAAUACAUUCAAGAUGUAGUGCUGCCAACUCCGAGUGUAUUCGAGGAUAACAUGCUGAGUACAUUGAGUAGUUUUAUAUUCUUCAAUAAAGUUGAAAUAGUGACUUUGAUACAGGAUGAUGAGAAGUUUCUUACUGAACUUUUUCGUCAGUUAACGGACGAAGCGACCUUAGAUAGCAAGAGACGCGACUUGGUUCUCUUUUUGAAAGAAUUUUGCAAUUUUUCGCAAAAUCUUCAACCACAAGGAAAGGAGGCGUUUUAUAAAACAUUAACAGCACUUGGUAUACUUCCUGCUUUAGAAAUCACUUUGGCAAUGAACGAUGCGCAGACAAAAACAGCCAGUAUAGACAUACUGACUUAUAUCGUGGAAUACUCUCCAAGUGUUGUAAGAGAUUAUACAUUGCAGCAAAUAAAUAACACAGAACAGGACCAAAUGUUAGUGAAUGUAAUAGUUGCUCAACUUGUCGGAGAUAGCGAUCCUGAAUUGGGUGGAGCAGUACAGUUGGCUGGCGUACUACGUUUGCUUUUGGAUCCGGAGAACAUGUUGGCUUCUGUUAACAAAUCAGAAAAGACUGAUUUCUUAAAUUACUUUUACAAGAAUAGUAUUGGUACUCUAAUAGCGCCUCUCCUAGCGAACACAAUUGGAGAGCGACCGGUGAGAGAGGAUUAUAGAACAGUGCAACUUUUGGGAUUGAUCUUGGAGUUAUUAUCAUUCUGUGUGGAGCACCACACGUAUCACAUUAAAAACUGCAUACUGAACAAAGAUUUACUCAGAAGAAUAUUGGUUUUAAUGAAGUCAACGCAUACAUUUCUAGUACUAUGUGCAUUAAGGUUUAUGAGGAAAAUUAUAGCAUUAAAGGAUGAGUUUUAUAAUAGAUAUAUAAUCAAGGGUAACUUGUUUACUCCUGUAUUUGAUGCAUUUGUAAGAAACAAUGGCAGAUACAAUCUUCUAGACUCAGCUAUAUUGGAAAUGUUUGAGUUUAUUAAAUUGGAGGAUAUUAAAUCACUCUGUUCACACGUUGUUGAAAACUUUUCGAAAGAACUGGAAGCAAUUGAUUAUGUACAAACCUUUAAGGCUUUGAAGUUAAGGUACGAACAACAUCAAGACAAACUGAAAGAUCGCGAUAGAGCAGCGAUUGAUAGUGUCCCAUCAAUUUUGCGGAAUAGUCGAUACCGAAGAGACCAGAGGCAGCUAGAAGAGGACGAGGAGCUAUGGUUUAAUGAAGAGGAAGAGUUUGAUGAGGGUGAGGCGGUGGUACCCGCAAUAGCAGCCGAUCAUAUACUUCCAGUUUCUGCUAAGAAACAAUCGUCAUCUUCAAAUGUUGCACUUAAUCCCGAUCUUGCAGAUUCAAAAAAUCAUCAGCAACAACAGCAACAACAGUCUGUAUUAAACAACAACACGUCGAAUAAUAACAUUACUUCACAACAACCACAAAUCAAUAACAGUUCGUCAACAACGAAUGAAUCACCGAUCACUUCUGAUAUAAAUCCUACUCCAGCUAUUGGCACUGUAGAAAAGACGGGAACCGCAUUAUUUAAAAAGGGGUUAGUGGAUUAUGAAGGAGAUUCAGAUGAGGAAGAUGAAGAUUCGGAAUUAAGUCCUUCCCCAAAGCGACAACGAUUGUCAUAGUAGGCAAACUUGGAGAAAACAAGACAUUUGUGAUUUUUAAUUGCUAUUAUCAUUUCAUGACCCUCCUACAUGUAAAAACAAAUCUAUCCCCUCAUUUUCAGAAGAAACAUAGAUUGAGCUUUCUUGCUAAGGAAUGGACACAACAAUAAGUGCUUUUAAAAAAAAUGUGUGAUGGGCACUCAUUUAUAAGCCUGUGUUGACUUGUGUAUAGUAUGCGAGACAUUAGAGUCUGAAAGAAAGCUAAGUAAACUAUGUGGAUCGAAUGUAUUGGUAAAACAAAGAAAGAAUGAACUUUCUUCAACGAAACGAACAGUGGUAGUAUUGUGGCAUAAUAUGAUGUAGCACAAUGUACUAUAUAAUGCGUAAAAAAAAAAAAGAGUAAGAGAUAUUAAGCAAAUCAUAGUCCAUUCCACUUGUCUGGAAACACUUUGUGCACUAGGAAAAAUAAUCUCAUGGAUAAAACUAUGCAUAGAUUAAGAAAAUUUGGCCAAAACUAGCCAAACUUAGCGACUUACAGAUGAAGGAGAUCCAAGCGUGCGCUUAGAUAAACACAGUGACAAAUUGCGAUGUUGCAAUCAAACUGUGUGUAAACUAUAAUCAUAAUAUCUCACAGUUAUCUGGUAAGUCUGCUAAGAAAAAAAACUUACAACAUGUUGUAAGAGUAAAUGCAAAGGAAAAACAAAGAGUACAUAAUGUACCGCACAAUCAAGCGUUUUGUUUUGCCAUUCGUAAGUUUCUUAUCGCAUGCGAUAACAAACCAAUUCUUCAAGGGAAUCAGGCACUAUGAAACUUUAUCCAGUUCUACAGAAAUAAUAUUUAGUUUGUAUAUAUAUGUAUAUUUGUAACGAUUGUAAAACACAACCAUACUCUUGGAUUAAGCAAAAAACAUACAAUUUCUUUUAGAAUUUGGUUUCCCUUGAAAUACUUUCAACAAGCUUUUCGGUUGUCAAUGUAAGUAGUAGUAAUUGUACAAUAAAUAUUUGAUUUAUGUAUA